AUGCCUUCUGGUGGAAAGAGAGUCAGCAAAAAACUAAAGCGUGUAAGCUCGCAGAGUGACGCCAAGCCGCCCAGCACUUCCGCAGCAGUUACUACACCCACUUCGUCGCGUUCGCCCUCACGCCCGCAAGGUCCGACCACUUCCAAGGUCUGCCCCUCCAUAUUCGACACCCUCUUGUGUCCCUCACCAUCCACGUGCACGGUUCCAGGAACAAUGGCCCAAUCUGCCGCCAGCUCUGCACGGUCUAGGUUUGUUUUGGCUACAGGCCGGCUCACUCACUUUGACCAGAAACUUAAUGCUCCUGAUGCGCGCACCCCAACCAUCUCUCUUUCUCAAGUCCGCCGGGAACAGAUCCGAGGCAUGUGGUUGGAGGUCGAAUCGGAGUAUCGAGCCUGUUCUGCACUUCUAGCAACAGAGGAUCCGGAUGGUCAAGUUGAGGUCCAAGACAUAUACGAUGAAUGUUACGCGGUGUACGAGCAAAGUUUAGCUGAACUCAACGACCAUCUUCAGCCCCCAACUGUCAUUCCGACCGCGCAACCAGCCGUCCAGGUGCAAAUGUCCAACGGUUGCCGCCUUCCCCCAUGCGACACGGAGGUUUUCAGUGGAGACUACCAGCAGUGGCCCACGUUCCGAGACCUAUUCACCGCCAUCUACAUAAACAACGCCAGGUUGACUCCGGUGGAGAAAUUAUACCACCUCAACCAGAAAACGAGCGGUGAAGCCGCUCUGCCUGGAACCACCUUCGAGCUCCAGAGGUCUGUCCACAAGUGCCUCACGACCCUUCAGCACUCCGAGGUGUCCACCGACAGCUGCUUUGCAGAUGGCGUGCUGGUGUACCUCAUUACCGCGAAGUUACCAAAGGCGACCGUGGAGCUUUGGGAACAAUCGGUUCCGAAUAAAUUCGAGGUUCCGACUUGGCGCGCCAUGAACAAGUUCUUAGAGGAGAGAUACCUCUCUCUCGAGGCGACCGAGGACGGUCAUCCAGGCAUCGAGCCGCACUACAAUUCCCGUACGAGCCUUCCCACUCCUGCACCUCGACGAGUGAACUCCUUUGAGGGGAGAAUCUCCAACAAGGCGCGCACUUGCGACCUCUGUUCCAGGAGCUACCAUCCUGUGCGAUCAUGCCCAGAAUUUCUUCGCCUGACCGUACAGGAACGGUCAAGCUACAUUCAGCAGAAACAACUCUGCUUAAACUGCUUCGCGCGAGGACACCAACUCCGGGACUGCACCAGCGCGUACAACUGCAGUACGUGCAGUGGACGACACCACACCCUCCUUCAUCGGGGCGAGCAGACUCCGAGUGGCUCCAACGAUGCUCCCAGUCCUCACACCACACAAGCCCCUACCACCAUACAGUCCACUUCCUCUUCUCUUCCUUCGUCCAACGACUCAGCCCGUGUCCAGAGCUAUUGCGCUACAAAUGUACACCAGGUGCUACUGGGCACAGCAAUAGUGGACAUUUGUCAUGCCGGCACAAGAUACAAGGCUAGAGCCCUGAUCGACUCCGGAUCUGAGGCCACCUUUAUUACUGAGCGGAUGUUCAAAAUCAUUCGGCCCACCUUCCAAGCCGUCCAGGCUCAAGUCUCUGGUUUGAGUCAAACGGUAGCGGCCAAGGCCCAGAAACUCUGCCACUUCACGAUCGGCUCCGCCUUAAGGCCCGGCCUCCAGGUUGAGACCACGGCGUACGUUCUUCCGCAAUUGGCGGGUAACCUCCCGUCAUACCCGGUACCGCAGAACUACAUGACAGACCUUCCUAAACUCCAUUUAGCGGAUCCCUCCGUUCAUCGCAGCGCGCAGAUAGACGUGCUCAUAGGCGCUGAUAUCCUUCCAUCCAUCCUUUUAAGCGGCUUCCGGUCCAACAUUUGUGGCUCGCUCUUGGGCCAAGAGACUAUCUUCGGAUGGGUCCUAUCCGGUCCUGUCGCAGCUGACUCGUCUCGAAUCAUCUCUUCCUUCACCACGAAGAUCUCGGUCAGCUCUGACGUCCGACUCGAGAAACUUCUCACAAGGUUUUGGGAGGUGGAGGACCUUCCAGGGAGACCUACGAGCGAGUCAGACUCCAUUUGCGAGGAAAAUUUUCUCCAGACCACGCAGCGAGCUCCCGACGGGAGAUACAUCGUCACUCUUCCAUUCAAAUGUCCGGAAAAGAUAGACUUGGGCUACUCGAGGCCUUCGGCCCACGCCCAGUUUCUGAGAAACGAGCAGCGUCUGCAGCGAAACUUGCCUCUCAAGAAGCAGUACGACGAUGUCAUUCACGAGUAUUUAGAGCUAGGCCACAUGAAACAGGUUCCACCUAGUCAUGACUCCGGCCACUUCUAUCUUCCACACCAUGCCGUUUUCAAGCCAGAAAGCACAACGACCAAGGUGCGCGUGGUCUUCAACGCGUCCAGCCCGUCCUCGAACGGAAGAAGCCUUAAUGACGUAUUGCAUUCAGGGCCAGUCCUUCAGUCCGACUUGACCACGCAAAUCCUUAAGUGGCGCGUAUUCCGUUACGUUUUCAACGCCGACAUCAAUAAGAUGUAUCGGCAGAUCCUCGUGGCGCCACAACACACUCCCUACCAACGGAUAAUCUUUCGCAAUCCUGACGGGGACGUUUGCGACUAUGAACUCGAUACGGUCACCUUCGGAGUCAACUGCGCGCCAUAUCUCGCCAUUCGCGUCCUAAGGCAACUUGCACAUGAAGUGCAUCCUCGGUUCCCAAUGGCAAGCGACAUCCUGGCCAAUUACAUGUACGUAGACGACGUUCUAGCUGGUGCACAUACCCAGCCUCAGGCAAUUUCCGCCAUCGCCGAGUUGCGAGAAGCACUCGAUUCCGCCGGCUUUCCACUCCGAAAAUGGACCGCAAAUCAGAAGGGCGUGCUGAGCGACAUCCCUCGCGAGCACUUACUGCGAGCUGAUUUCCUCGAGCUCGAAGAAAGCAGUAUCGCAAAGACCUUGGGUAUCCGAUGGCAAGCGAGUGCCGACGAGUUUUUCUUUGUCCCUCCCGAAUUAAUCCAUCGGGAAUCCUGCACGAAACGCAAUGUGUUGUCCCAGAUUGCGAAGCUGUUUGAUCCAGCGGGAUGGCUUGCCCCCUUUGUCAUCCAAGCUAAGAUGUUCAUGCAGGAGGUGUGGUUACGAGAGUUAGGUUGGGACGAGGACCUUCCUGGCGAUCUGCGUCAAACGUGGGAGACCUUCCUGCAGAGUUUUCCGGCCAUCCAGCAGAUCCACAUACCAAGGUGGAUCCACGUCUGUCCGACUGCCAAGGUGCAGAUUCAUGGCUUCUGCGACGCGUCUCAGCGUGCCUAUGGUGCGGCGAUCUACGUCCGAGUGGAGCGGCCGAAUGGCAUAUUCUGCUCUCUCCUGACAGCUAAGACUCGCGUGGCCCCCGUGAGGACGAUAUCCUUGCCUCGACUUGAGCUGUGCGGAGCGGUUCUUCUGGCAGAAUUGUCCGCUGCCAUCCUUCCACAGAUGCCGCUAGACAGUAGCCAGGUAUCCUUCUGGACCGACUCUACCAUUGUGCUGGCCUGGCUGCACAAACCAGCGUGCGAAUGGACCACGUUCGUGGGCAAUCGAGUCGCCAAGAUAGCGCGCUGCAACUCCGGCGAGCUGUGGAGUCAUGUUCGAUCGGAAGACAAUCCUGCCGACCUAGCCAGCCGAGGUAUAGGACCCAUCGACCUCGCGGGGAACGACAUGUGGUGGCAUGGUCCUGCGUGGCUGCGUCUUCCGCAGUCACAGUGGCCGUGUCCACUGGACCCAUUCCCGGAGACUGACUUGGAGAAGCGAGCAGUCAAGGUGCUGCAUACAAGUAGCACAUCCUCUGACAUCCUCAGCCGAUUCUCGGAUCUCGGGCGAGCUUUGCGCGUGCUUACCUAUGUGCAGCGAUUCAUCCAACGAUGCAGAGGAGGGUCAGUCCACAAUUCCAACGAGGUAAGCGGGGCAGAGAUAGCGGCCGCACUGCAAGCCGUUACCAUCGCAACGCAGGGCAUGCACUAUGCGGACGAACAUCGGUGCCUUACAACCAAACGUCCUCUCCCUGCAUCGAGUUCCCUACGGAAUCUCAAUCCAUUCAUUGACCAGAACGGUGUCAUGCGAGCAUGUGGCCGAGUCCAAGCCUCCGCUUCCAUGUCCUACAACGAGAAACAUCCAAUCCUACUGCCACCCGCAUCCCUCCUCGUUCGCCUGCUGGUGCGCUUCACUCAUCACAUAGUCCUCCAUGGUGGGAACCAGCUGGUCAUUCGCCUUCUCCGUGCAACUUACUGGAUCCCUCGACUACGUCACGUAGUGAAGGCGGUGAUCCAAUCCUGUAAGGUAUGCGUAAUCCAUCGCAAGCGACUCCAGACCCAGUUAAUGGGGGACCUCCCGUCCACAAGAGUCACAUUCUCCAGACCAUUCACAUACACCGGAGUCGACUUUGCCGGUCCCUUCGACGUCAAGAGCUUCAUCGGGCGCGCAUGCCGCAUAACCAAAGGUUAUGUGUGCGUGUUCGUGUGUUUCACCACGAAAGCCAUCCACCUAGAGGCCACUUCCGACCUAUCCACUGACACCUUCCUAGCCGCUUUCGCUCGUUUUGUCGCGAGACGAGGGUGUCCUCACGAGGUCCAAUCCGACAACGGCAGGAAUUUCGUCGGCGCAUCUCGUGCUCUGGCUGUAGAUCUUCUCGAAGCCAUCCGAACGCGGACUUCUGCGGUAUACAGUCAGCAGGGCUUAUCGUGGCGGUUCAUCCCUCCGGGAGCCCCACACAUGGGUGGCCUUUGGGAAGCAGGCGUGAAGAGUUUCAAGACUCUGUUCCAACGGUCGAUGUGUACAGCCAAAUAUACACUGGAGGAGUUCGCCACCUUACUCUCCAAAAUUGAGGCCUGCCUUAACUCUCGACCGAUCUCUCCUAUGUCCGAGGACCCGAAUGACCCGCUAGCUCUAAGCCCAGGUCACUUCCUGAUCGGCGGGCCGCUACUCUCCGUGGCGGAGCCUGAAAUAAAAGAGAGCGCCUCCUCCAUCCUGAACCGCUGGCAACAUCUCCAGGCUCUAAACCAGCAAUUCUGUUCGCGCUGGAAGACGGAGUACCUACGAGAGUUGCACAAGCGAACCAAAUGGCAGCAUCCAACAAGAGACCUAGAGGUGGGAGACCUCGUUGUUAUCAAGGAGGAUAACAUCCCCUCUCACGAAUGGCGUCUCGGACGGGUACAAAAAACGUACCCUGGGCCCGAUGAUAAGGUCCGUGUGAUAGACCUUAACACUGUCCGAGGCCUUAUCAAAAGACCGAUUACUAAGGUCGUCCUGCUGCCUAUGGAGUCGGAGAUCCAGUCCACCUACUCCCGCGUACUACCCGAUCCAUAA